GAUAGAAAGUUACAGAGAAUUCUUUUUUGGUUUUUUUGGGCGUGAAGCUCGUUUUCCUCUCUCUCUAUAUCUAUCUCUUGUAUCCCAUUUCUCCUUCUUGAUUGAAAUCUCAUAAUCGAGAAGAAGAAGAAGAAGAAAAGAGAAAACACCCAGUUCGGGAAAACACCAUUCUUCUUAUCUGUCUCUCGGGAAAUUUGUCGUACAGAAAGAAGAAUUUGGUUCGGUUCUUGGAAAGUUUUAGGACCUGAGGAUUAGUGGGAAAGAUUUGUAUUGUAAUCUGAGUGCGGAGUUUGAGUUGUUUUCAUCUGUUGGUUCUUGUGAGAGUUGUUUUCGACGAGAUGGAAACAGAGCAGCCAUUGCCGUUCUCCGUAGCGUCUGUUGUUGAGGAUGUUCUUCAGCAGCACGGGACUCGAUCGAGUGAUGUUCGAUUUCAAUCUAGGAAAGCUGACGAAGCCUCCUUAAGAAGAUAUGAAGCAGCCGGGUGGCUCAGGAAGAUGGUUGGAGUUGUUGGGGGUAAAGAUUUGCCAGCUGAGCCUUCUGAGGAAGAAUUCAGGCUCGGACUGCGAAGUGGUAUUGUCCUUUGUAAUGUCCUUAACAAGGUUCAACCUGGAGCAGUGCAGAAGGUAGUUGAAGGUCCAUACGAUUCUGUUGUUAUUCCAGAUGGAGCUGCACUUUCUGCAUUCCAGUACUUCGAAAACGUGAGAAACUUCCUCGUGGCGGUGGGGGAAAUGGGACUUCCAACAUUUGAAGCCUCUGAUUUGAAUCCAGAGCUGUUUAUGAAUUAUGUGACAAGGACCUUGUCAAUAGGUGACAAGUCUGCAGAUGGCCUGUCGAGCGAGCAGUCCUCAAACAGUGAUCUUGGCCAAGAUCUCAAUGAAGGAGGUAGUUCUCGUUCCAUAAAUAUGCUUGUCCGUACAGUCCUCUCAGAUAAGAAGCAAGAAGAAAUUCCAGUUAUUGUGGAAUCUAUGCUGAAUAAAGUAAUGGAGGAGUUUGAGCGUCGCUUGACAAGCCAAAGUGAGGCGUUGAAAGCAAAUGCAAAAGAUAUAUCAGGACUUGAUUCGAUCGAUGCUCUCCAAGAAAUUGAUUCAUGGGAUAUUAAGGUUGAAGGAGCUGCAACACAGAUCAAAGAAGAUGAAUGUCAAGAAGUUCAAGAACAAAAUUCUGGUUGUGAUGAAAGAUCAGAAAUUCCUUUUCUGAGACAUCAGAUAUUAGUUCAACAACAACAAACAGAUAUUCAGGAACUGAAAGAAACUUUAAAUGCUACAAAAGCAGGAAUGCAGUUUUUUCAGUUGAAGUACCUGGAGGAGUUCAACAAUCUAGGUAAACACUUGCAUGGUUUAGCUCAUGCUGCUACAGGAUACCGGAGGGUUCUUGAAGAAAACCGCAAGUUAUACAAUCAAGUUCAGGACCUUAAAGGAAAUAUAAGGAUCUACUGCAGGGUAAGACCUUUCUUGGGUGCACAACCAAAACAUUUGAGUAGUGUGGAUAACAUAGAUGAAGGAACUAUCACAAUUAUCACUCCUUCAAAAUAUGGAAAAGAGGGAAGGAAAUCAUUUACUUUCAACAAGGUCUUUGGUCCUUCUGCAACCCAAGUGGAGGUAUUCUCAGAUACGCAGCCAUUAAUUCGGUCUGUUCUUGAUGGUUAUAAUGUCUGCAUAUUUGCUUAUGGCCAAACAGGAUCAGGGAAAACUCACACUAUGACGGGACCAAAGGAACUUACAGAAGAAGGCCUAGGUGUAAACUACAGGGCACUAACUGACCUGUUCAUUCUCUCAAAUCAAAGGAAAGAAACCAUUUGCUAUGAUAUUUCUGUACAAAUGCUUGAGAUCUACAAUGAGCAAGUCAGAGAUCUCCUUGUGAUGGAUGGCCAAAACAAAAGACUAGAAAUUCGUAAUAGUUCUCACAGUGGAAUCAAUGUACCAGAUGCAAACCUUGUACCUGUAUCAUCAACAUCUGAUGUUAUAAAUUUGAUGAAUCUUGGGCAUAGGAAUCGUGCAGUAGGUGCUACAGCAAUGAAUGACCGGAGUAGUCGGUCCCAUAGCUGCCUUACAGUGCAUGUUCAAGGAAGAGACCUCACAUCUGGAAGCAUUCUCCGUGGAUCUAUGCAUUUGGUUGACCUGGCUGGAAGUGAAAGAGUUGACAAAUCUGAGGCAACUGGAGAUAGAUUAAAGGAGGCACAGCAUAUCAACAAGUCUCUAGCCGCUUUAGGAGAUGUCAUAUCUUCCCUUGCUCAGAAAAAUUCACAUGUUCCCUACAGGAAUAGUAAACUCACCCAACUGCUUCAAGAUUCACUUGGUGGGCAGGCCAAGACACUCAUGUUUGUUCACAUCAGUCCCGAGCCUGAAGCUCUUGGAGAAACACUCAGUACACUUAAAUUUGCUGAACGGGUUGGGACUGUUGAACUGGGUGCUGCUCGAGUAAACAAAGAUAGCUCAGAGGUGAAAGAGCUGAAAGAACAGAUUGCCAGUCUUAAGGCAGCCUUGGCAAAGAAGGAAGGAGGAGAGAUGGAGCAACAACCGAUUCCUCGAGCCAGGACCCCAGAUAAAUCUCGAAGGAAGUCGCUUGGGUUUUUGCCUACACAACCUAAAUGGCAGGGCCUGGGAGGUUUUUCCAAUCAUACGCAGCAGACAGAAGAUUCAAGUAGCAUGGAGGUUCAUGGUAACUCGAGAAGACACAGCCUUGAUCUCCAUGAGCUAAUGAAUUCACCUCCCUGGCCACCUGCUAGCAGUCCCUCAAUAGCAGAGACAAAAGAAGAUGAGAGAGAAUGUAGUGGUGAUUGGAUCGAUAAAGUAAUGUUGAAUAAGGAUAAUGAAGUAAGUAAAGAUGAAAACCAAGCAGGAAAUUGGGAAGCCGAAAACAGACAGCUCCCUCAAAAGUUAUAUAAAAGUUAUAUCUGCGAACCAACGAAAGUAUAUCCAGAGCAAACUUUGAGUAAACUGCCUGUAAUCAGUAAAGACAACCAAGAAUUUGAGGUACAAAGGAUUCGGUAUGAAGCUGCCACUACAGAUGAGUCUGAUGAUGCUGCAACUAGUGAUUGCUCAGAAACAGACCUGCCAUGGCAAUUAAAUCUUCAACUAAGUGAAACUAGAGCUACCAACAUUCCCAGCUUGACUUCGAAAGCAAAGAAAACGCAACCCAAGAUAGCAAAGGCAACGGAGACUAGGAGCUUAAUCCCAUCACUAAUUCCUGCACCAACAAGGAAAUUACCAAAUGGUAUUGGUUCACAUAUCCAGAAGCCUGGAAGACAGGCUGUUGCAGCCGAUGGAAGGCGGAAGACUGGACAUGGAAAGUAAUGAAUAGUGUGGCUGAGUCGAGGGAUUGUUGUUCACUUUGUAUAUUAUUUUCAGAUUUGUAGAGUAUAAAUGAGAAAGAUAGAGAGAGAGAGAGAGAGAGAGAGAGAGAGAGAGAGAGUUUUCACUCAUCAAAGGGCAAUAAUUUCAGUUGCCCUGUGUUUCUGCGGUGGUGAUCAUGAUUCAUAGGAAUCCCACCUUCAUGGUUUUUGGUUUGUUAUAUGUCUGUCUGAUUUUCUUUUUCUUUGUGAUUUCUGGUUUGUCCUUUUCUUCAUCUGUUAUUACAUAAGAAGAUUGGUAAAAGAAAAACACCAAUUCAGAAGAAAUGGAGAAAGUGUUUUAACA